GAAAAACACAAGUUGCAUACUUUGCGUUCGACGAAAUUCCUCUAAGAAAAUCACUAUCUCCUCUUUCGUCUUUUUCUUGCCCUUCUUCUUGUGGGGUAUAAUUAUACAUUAUUUAUAUUAUGUACUCCCUCUGUCUCAUUUUAAUGUUUUACUCUCCUUUUUAUUUGUCCAAAAAGAGUGUCAUUUUUUUUUAUGUAGUAAGGUGACAAUUCAAUUUAAUUUAAGAUCACCAGAUUCAAAAGUGCAAACUCUUUGUUCGACCAAAUUCCUCUUAGGAAAUUGCUGUCUCCUUUUUCGUUUUUUUCUUGUCCUUUUCUUUUGGGGUCUAAUUAUAGAUUGUUUACAUUACAUUUUUUUUAGCAAUAUAGUCUCAGUCAUGCUUGGUGCUAGACUUUUUGGGAGAACGUUAUUGGCUGCGGCGAAAUCGGAGAGUUCAACUGCAGCUGCUGCUACGACUAAGGUUACUAAUCCACUUGAGCAGUUCUUUGAACUUGAUAGAACAGCAGAUGACGAUAAGCCUGUUGUUUAUGGUCGAGGUUGGAAAGCUUCUGAACUGCGUCUGAAGUCUUGGGAUGAUCUUCAAAAGUUAUGGUACGUUCUUCUAAAGGAGAAGAACAUGUUAAUGACUCAAAGACAGAUGCUUAAUGCUCAGAACUUGAGGUUUCCUAAUCCUGAGCGUAUUUCCAAGGUUAGGAAGUCAAUGUGCCGAAUCAAGCACGUGCUGACUGAGAGAGCAAUCGAAGAACCAGAUCCAAGGAGGUCUACUGAGAUGAAGAGGAUGAUAAAUGCUUUAUGAUCUUCUUAACUCUCUUGAUGUUAGUGGUCGUUAACUUUUUCAAACGUUUGUCCUUAAUAUGGUACUUGACCUUUCUUUUUUGUUAGCAACUACAUGCAGGAAGGUCACUAGUUUGCCAUUUUCCCCCAUGCAUAAAUAAAGUUCAGUCAGUUUGCAGAA